AUGAGUAGUGUUGUUAAAAAGGGGUCACGCUUUAUGCCAAAGUUGAAGAAACAACCAUUGAAGAAGAAAUCCGUAACUCCCUUAACUCCCCCCACAACACAAAAGGAGGAAUCAAGUCAACCCAGCCAACCAAUAGAAGAAAGUAAACCAGAGACACAAGAAGAACAAGAUGAAGCAGAAGAUAAGUUUCAAGAUGCAGUUUCCUCACCUCGAGUAGACUUUCGGUUUGCAAAGAGUAGUACAGCCAAAGCAACAACUGAAGAUAUAGAUCCAAUGGACACUAGUUCCAAGAUUUCACCGGGGCCAGGCGGAUUACUACCUGGAUCUGCACUUCAAAUACCUGGCAAGGAUUCUAGUAAUGACGCAGCUGUGUCCUCUGGUGAUGAUGAUGACGAUGAAGAUAGAGACUAUGGAGAUAAUGAUAUUUUCAAGAAACCAGAAGAUAAUAUAACGUCAACGGCCAAGUUCAGAAGACAGUCAUCGAUUCAAAUGCAACGUAGACUUUCAGGUAUUACUCCUAGUAUAAUACGGCAUCGGUCUGGAUCGAUUUCACAUACUCCUACACCUUUUGGAUCUGUUCCCCCUGAAUCUCCACGAGGAAGUAUAAGUGGAAGUGCAGGAGGUAGUGUUAAUGGCAGUAUUUCUGGACAAUCUCAAGCUCCACCUGCAAUUAAAAUUGGUAUUCCGAUUUCUAAACCAAGUAAAAGAAGAAAAUCAUCAUCAAUUGCGCGUUUGAAGAGAAACCUGUUUCUUUCCAAUGCAACUGCUUCUGUGAUUGGGGUUCCAAAGGAGCCUACUCCUGAAGAACCAGCUGAAGUGGAAGAGCCUCCUAGAGAAAGAAAGAGGAAGUUUUCCGUAGGAGUUGAUCCAAGUACACAAAAGUUGACAAAGUAUAGGAUUUCAAGUAAUAUUGCAGCAAUUCUUAAUCAUGAUGAUGUGAGUGAUGAUGAAGAAGAUACUAAUAAGCUGAAGGAUGAUGGUGGUGUAGAAGGAACUAAUAAAGGUACUGCAGUUAUCGCAGAAAAUGUCAAUGAAAAUGAUGAAGGAAAUGUUGAAGAAGUUGAAGAGGAACAGAAUGACGAAGGAGAAACUGAAGGAGUUAAUACUGGAAGAAAGAAAACUAGAUCUGUAACCAAGAAUAUUACUGUCAAACAAGAAAAGAUUUCAAAGAAAAUUGAUUCAAUCCCCAAGAAACCAAAGGCUAAACGACCAGUAGCGAAGAAACUUGAACAAUUAAAAAUUGUACAAGGGAAACUUACUGCUACAAUUGAAUCUAUGACACAAGUUCCUCGGUCUUUCAAGGAUGAAGAUCCUAAAGAUUUAGAAGAAGUAACUAUUUCUGAAGAAAAAAUGAAGAUGUCUGAUUUAUGUCAACCAUCCUUUUAUAUUGGGAAACCAGGAACACGAUAUCAAAAAGUUCUUGAAGCUGAGGAGCAUAUUCAAAAAAAGAAGAUUGAAAGAAGAAAAGCUAGGGAACUAGCACGAGAGCUGAAGAAAUCCUUAGAAGAAGUAACUGGAGAGGCGUUAGAAGAACAAGAAAGAGAGAAAAAGAAGGAUUUAUUUGGGGAAGGAGGUGCACUUGCAGGGUUGGAUCAAACACCAUCUAAUAAUGGUAUUCAACUUAAAUUAGUUGGUGGUCAAUUGGAAGUUGAUCCUGAAUCUACCAGUGUCGAUAGACAUCUUCAUAAUGCUAAUCUUGGGAAAGAUCGUGAAGAAGCCAAUCCGUUUAAUAAUCCUAUUACUUCAUCAUCGUAUUCCAAAAGAAAGUAUACUGAUAGAUGGCUGGAUGACGAGGUCAAAGAAUUUUACAAAGCAUUAUCUACUUGGGGUACUGAUUUCACCUUUAUUGCACAAUUGUUUCCUCAUAGGACUAGAAAGCAAAUUAAACUGAAAUUUAAUUUAGAAGAAAGGAAACAUCCAGAAAUUGUUGAAUUGGCGUUAAGAAGAAAAUUGCCUGCAGACUUUGAUAAAUACUGUGAAGAAGCCAAUAAAUCUUUCUUAUCACUUGAUGAAUAUAAUGCUCAAUUAACUGAGAUCCAAGUUAUUCAUAAGAAAGAUAUGGAACAAUUUGAGAAUGAUAGAAAGAAGGCUAAGGAGGAAGAAAAGGUUCGUGAAAGACAAUUGGAAAUUGAACGUAAGACAGGUACUAAAUCUAUGACCAGAGCUGAAAAGGUUAGGGAAUUACGUAGAAAUGAAACUGUUUUAGGAUCUAUUGAAGAUGUGAAGAAGCAAAGAGAUGAUGAAAUCCCCAAGGCAUGA